GCCAGUUUGACGGACGGUGUGGUAGUUUUGCCGAUGAGAGGUCAGUGUUGAUCGCUGUUGAAUGGCAGCAUCGGGCAGUCGGCGGCUUUGCCGUGAUUUCGAGGAAAUGCGCGAUGUCGGUGUACAGACGGAUGCCAAAGUCCAAGGUCAGGAACCCAGGUUGUCCAAAGCGAACCUCUUUACAUUAUUGAGUUUAUGGAUGGAACUUUUUCCAAAGGAAGAACAAGGACAACGAGGAAAUGAUUCUGCAGGAGACUGUGGUCUUGUGGUGAUCCAGGAGUACAGAGUUCUGGGUCUGCAUUGCUCCAGUGUGCAGUUUCAUGCAGGACAGGUGGCUGUGGUCAAACAUGGCCCCAGGCUGAAGGGCUGUGAUCUGUACUUCUCCAGAAAACCCUGUUCAACCUGCCUCAAGAUGCUGAUCAAUGCUGGUGUAAACAGGAUAUCCUACUGGCCGGGUGAUGCUGAGAUCAGCUUACUAUCAGGUGGACACGAUAAUACAGACUCCAGUCACCAGGAAGCCAUCUUGGAUGCCACAGCUGCCGAGAGACUGAAGUCCAACAGCAGACCGCACAUCUGUGUUCUCCUGCAGCCUCUGGCCAGCACCAUGCUGCAGUAUGUGGACGAAACAUCUCAAAACUGUGAAUUCCUUAGGACAAUUGCUGCGGACAAUCCAGCUAUAGAUGUUGCAGAUGUCUUCAGGAAGGAACAGUGCAGCCACUGGGACAAUUUUUUGGAAACGUUCUUUAUAAACGAUGAGGAGCAGCAUAAGUAUGUGCUGAAGAAGAUGGGACUGGAGAACUUUUGUGUGGAACCAAAUUUCAAUAACCUGAGGCAGCACAUGAGGGAUUUGAUCAAGAUUCUUGCUUCUGUGGCCGCUAGUGUCCCGGUUCUUCAAGGAAAAUAUGGGUUCUUUACGCAUGAGCCUUUGGCUUCUGGUUCCCCAGCUCUGCCUCAGGAUGUUGUUCGACAUUGUACCAUACAAGCACGAUUACUGGCCUGUAGAACAGAGGAUCCUAAAGUGGGAGUUGGUGCAGUUAUCUGGGCCGAGAGGAAAUCGUCGCAGUGUGAUGGCACGGGUAACCUUUACUUAGUGGCCUGUGGCUACAACGCCCAACCGAAGGGCUCAGAGUAUGCAGAGUACCCUUUAAAGGAUAACAAAGAAGAGGAGAAACAGAACAGGAAGUCCAAAUACAUCCUCCACGCAGAGCAGAACGCGCUCACAUUCAGGAGCACAGAGAUAAAAGAAGAUGAGAACACAAUGAUGUUUGUGACCAAAUGCCCGUGCGAUGAGUGCGCUCCUCUGAUUGGCUGUGCUGGAAUCAAACAGGUCUACACAUCAGACCUGGACAGCGGCAAAGUCAAACACGACGUCUCCUACCUCAAAUUCAACCAACUCCACAGUGUCCAGAAGUUCUUUUGGCAACAGAAAUCUCCCGAUAGAUGCACUUCAGAACAAACUGCACCGCCAAAAGCAAAUGGCUGCUUGAAACAAAGAAGAGAUGAAGAAAUCAAAUUUCAGCGCAAUAAGCGACUGCGAUCAUAAAAGACAUCUACAGAGCUGCUGCUUUCCUGCCUGUUUGGCAUCAAGUGUGAUCAGGAUCCGAAAAGGACAGUUCAUGUUUUAGCUGUUAACAUAUGCUGUACUCACUCUGCAUGAUGCAAAUCAACUUUAUUUGGGCUUACUUACAAUAGUGUAAAAAUCUAUUUAUGCAGUUUUAUUAGUAAAACAGGACUGCCUGUGUGUUAAUGAAUAGUUUUGUAUGCAUUUUAGAAAGUGGGUUUGAUUUGAAUGGUUGUUUUACAACCCCUGAGACACCAUGUCCACAUGCGUGGACAAUACGUUUUGGCUUCGCUAUAGGCUAUGCAUAAUUUAUUUUCAUUUAAACUGACUGAUCUCAGAUAAGGAGACUCUAGGCUGCCAUUAAAGGGCUAAACUUUCGACUCAGAGUCAUGUGACAAAACAACAUGACGCUGAUCUCAGCUUUGUUUGUCUUUGUUAGAAAUGGCAACAAAACUACAUCUGGUAAGAAACCUCAUGACAUUUUUACAUUAAAAUCUCUUUAGUCAAAAGAUUAGAGUCUGUAGUUAUAUGAUAUGCCAUUUAAAAAGAUUUCAUCUAUUUAUCUCAAAACAGCACACUGUUAAACACAAUGAUCACAUACGUGGACUUAAAAUAGCCUAUAUUCACUGUGCAUUUUCACAUUGAGAAUCAAUGGAUGCGUCCAAAAGCUGGAAAAUGUUACUUACAGAGGACGUAUAUGGAGUUAGGAUGAAAAUAAGUUGCAUUUCCAACUGUUCUGAGACCAGUGCAGACAGACAGCACACUGGAGGUUAAGUCAUUACCUAAUUAGGGAGCAAGGGAUCAUCCUAUAGCUUUCCUAGCAACCAAGUGCAUUCACUCUUAACAUCCAGUCAAAAGUUGAGUUUCAGGCUGCAGAUGAUGUUUGGCAGACAUGGGACAAUGAUAAUCAGUACAUAGAUUCAGAAUUUAUAAUGUAUGAUUUUAUUUUAACAUUGUUGGCUGUGAUUGGAUGAUGCUGGCUGUUACUUUGAACCAGAAUUAAUUAUGCUAAUUUCUGACAUAAUAUCUGUAAUGUCUCAAAAACAUAACCAACACUCCUGGAAACAUUAUAAACAAUUUGUUAAAAAAAAAAAAAAAAAAAAAUUAUAUUAGUAUUAAAAAUUUCACAACUUAAUCCCGCUGUCCACAUAUGUGGACAUCCAUUUUUAGGAAAACUAUUUGGUCUUUUUUUUUUUUGUGCAUGUUUCAUAGGGGCUACUUGUUACAAAUCAAAAAGGGAAUGGAAAAUGCACACAGCGGUCACGCUCAAGUCUCAGGAGGAUAAUUUGUAUGGUUGUUUUAAAAUUCAUUGCACUUAAGGUUUAAAAUUGUUCCAGAAUUAAAGAGAAAAGCAAAACCAUGGCUAUCAUGCGCGUUCACAUAAAAGGUCAUCACUGUAUU